GGAACAGCGCCAGAGAGCACAUCUUCUCCGGGAUGAAACUCUGCCACUGGACCCUGGAAACACACCAUGGCACAGUCAGGAGAACACUCCGUGGUCGUCUUGCUGACACAGUGCAGAGUUCAGUGCACAAACUGCACAGAGCUGGCAUGUUGUCCUCUUCAGGACAUAAAGCGACACUGCUGCACCAACCCUGAGAAACAGAGGUUGAUUCUAGCGCCCCCAUGCGGCGCAACUCUCAUUUCCGUGACGUCAAUUCAGCACUGGGAAAGAGACAGCCCCCCCCCCCCCAAAAAAACCCAGCGCGCCUCACGUUGCAUGGGUCCCCGGUUAUUGAUAACACGAUUCGGCCGCUGGGAUCGGUCCCAGGAACGUGAAACUCGUGGAUCUAGGAAGGCGAAAUCCAAAGAGGCAGACUGGACCGAGGAGGAACAACGAUUGUCUCGUUAUCACCGACAAACAGAAAGCGGAGCCCACCCCUUCACUUGACAACGCGGCAUCAAGCGGGCAGAAAGGUUUACCUCUCAUCUCUCCAUCCUCCAUCCACCCUAACCUGCGGUGUUGGGGAAACCCCUGAUGAGUGGGACCUGUAUCCAUGAGCCCCGUGCCCCUUCCCCCUCCCUGUCAGGCUUCAGCACCCCCAUCUCAGAGCCCCCCUAUCGACGACUCGAUGGAGACACCCCUGCCUGCACCCCCGAAACGGACCUGACCCCCACACAGUGUGUCCUCCGUAACGUGCUGUCCAUUGACACCGGUGGACAGGGGGCGCCCGGUGGCAGCAGCCCCACUCCCAGCGAUGGACCCUCGGGCCACUUUGACAACAGCGUGCUAAAACUACAUGAACAUGAGGUCUGCCAGUGUGGCGGCGGGGCUGAAGCAGGGCACAGUCCGGAGGCUGGUGCUGUGCGGAGCCAGUCGGACAACAUUCGGCUACAAUCGGGAAGUGGAGGUUUUUUGGAGGGACUGUUUGGCUGUCUAAAGCCAGUCUGGACGAUGAUUGGAAAGGCCUACUCCACUGAACACAAGCAUAGCCAAGAAGGUCUGCGUUUAGAGUCCUGGGAGGUUCCUUUUGAGGAGAUCUCGGACCUGCAGUGGGUGGGCAGCGGAGCACAAGGGGCUGUCUUCCUCGGCAAGUUCCAUGGAGAUGACGUGGCUGUAAAGAAAGUGCGGGACAUCAAAGAGACCGAGAUCAAACACCUCCGCAAACUCAAACACCCCAACAUCAUUACUUUCAAGGGCGUGUGCACCCAGGCUCCUUGUUACUGUAUCCUGAUGGAAUAUUGUGCCCAAGGCCAACUGUAUGAGGUGCUCAGAGCGGGCCGUAAAAUCACCCCUUCCCUCCUGGUUGACUGGUCCAUGGGCAUCGCAGGGGGCAUGAACUACCUACAUCUCCACAAGAUCAUCCACCGAGACCUCAAGUCCCCCAACAUGCUGAUUACACACGAUGACCUGGUAAAGAUUUCUGACUUUGGCACCUCGAAGGAGCUCAGUGACAAGAGCACCAAAAUGUCGUUUGCUGGCACCGUAGCCUGGAUGGCUCCGGAAGUGAUUCGGAAUGAGCCCGUGUCAGAAAAGGUGGACAUAUGGUCUUUCGGGGUGGUGCUGUGGGAGAUGUUAACUGGAGAGAUCCCUUAUAGAGAUGUGGACUCCUCUGCUAUCAUCUGGGGCGUGGGAAACAACAGUCUUCAGCUGCCCAUACCUGAGAGCUGCCCCGAUGGCUUUAAGAUCCUCCUCAGACAGUGCUGGAACUGUAAGCCCAGGAAUCGCCCUUCUUUCCGUCAGAUCCUUCUUCAUCUGGACAUAGCAUCAGCUGAUGUACUGUCCACUCCACAAGAGACGUACUUUAAGUCUCAGGCUGAAUGGCGAGAGGAGGUGAAACAGCACUUUGAGAAGAUUAAAUCUGAGGGUACUUGUAUCCACCGACUCGACGAGGAACUGAUCAACAGACGCAGGGAAGAGCUCAGGCAUGCACUGGACAUUCGUGAGCAUUAUGAGAGGAAGCUGGAGAGGGCUAACAACCUUUACAUGGAGCUAAGUGCUGUAAUGCUGCAGCUGGAGCUCAAAGAAAAAGAGUUGCAGAGGAGAGAGCAGUCCUUGGAUAAGAAGUAUCCCGGCUUGUUUAAGCAUCAUAGUUCCAGGCAGAGCAGCUCCUCCAACUCCAUGGACAAACUCAUCAAGAAGAGAAAUGUACCCCAGAAACUGCCUUCAGGAAAGAGGCCAGACAUCCUCAAGUCUGAGGUAAUCAUUCCAAAAAUGGAUUCCUCUGUAAUGCAAGUCACUAUCCCAGCCUGCCCCAACAGAAGCUCCACUUCUCCUAACCGGUCUCGGCGGGUAAAGACCCGACAUCGCAAGCCCGGUAAGGGCAGCAGUGGGGACCUGGCUGGACUUAAGGUGAAUCAGUCCUCCCCUAAUAGGGAAACAACUGCCCAGGUUAACAGUUCUACCACUAACACCUCCAAGCAGCUCCUGGAGCCUUCUGCUGCCCUGCGGGGCCUCAGCCAUGAGCAGCAGCAGCGGCAGCUCUCCUCCUCCAGCCCUGACCUCAUCUGCACCACACUAGAGGCAGAGGCACAGGGAAAAGGGGAGGCCUCGGUGGGUGGGCUGGAGAGAGGGGGGAGCCUCAGUGCCUCUGCAGGUUUAGGGGGGUCCGAGGUGGGUGCAGCCGGCAUGGAUGAUCUCAUAGAAACUCCUCCGCGCAGCGACACUCCCAGCGAGGAUGCUGCAUCGUUCCCGUUCUCCAGCAGCCCAGACUCACCGUGUGGGCGGGGUGCGGCAGCAGGACGCGGAUCUCUGGGAUCUCCACGGCUGCCUCAUGACGGAGAGGACAAAGAGGAGGGGGCUGGUGCAGUGAGGUUGCCUCGGGGGGCAUCAGGGGGAAUCGGGAGUCAGCACCUAACACCUUCAGCCAUUCUAUACAGGGCAGCUAUCACACGCAAACAGAGGCGUGGAGUAUCAUCAGAAGAGGAGGAAGGUGAAGUUGACAGUGAGGUUGAGUUACCACGAAGACGACGACCGACCAGCAUCACCAAGUGCCAGUCGGUGUCUACGUUCAGCUCAGAGAACCUGUCGGUAUCUGACGGCGAGGAGGGCCACACCACAGACCACUCUCACAGCGGUACUCCAGACGUGGUCAGCACCAACACCGACGACAGGUUGGACGACCGCAGCGACGAUCUCCUCUCUCAGGGGUCGGAGAUCCCGGCAGACAACACUGAUCCUGCGCAGGCUUCUGAUGGCCUGUCAGAGAGAGACGGAGCCCUGGGCCAGGCGAAGGCUCAGCUGGACGCUGGGCAGAAUCCUAAUGAGAGCCGGGCUCUGUGCGAUGACUCCGACUGCGACAGUGCUGAGCUGGAUCAGUCCGGCAGUGGAGAGCCCAGCCGCCCCCCCAGUGCUGGAGCAUGGGUUCCACCGUCUCAGUCCUACCAGGGGUCUCCACAGGCGCCGCACACAGGACCUCCAUAGAUCACUGGACACUGGUGAACGACCUCCAGCCACCCGACAAAGAACAACCAUCACAGGCGUACACCAAUCCGUCAGUGCAGUACCUUACUGUUGUCAUGAGGGAUCACACCAACUACAACACUCAGACUAUGACAAGUCGACUUAUGGUGUCUCAGAAGUUUGCUGGCUGGCAAACCUACAUCAGAUGACAUAGGGCAUUUGUCGUAACCUGGCAUCAAAUAUUUUGGCAGCUUUUGACAUCAGAUAAAUGUCAUUUAAGUUCAGUAGGUUUUUUUAGGCAGAUUAGUUACCAAGGUAACCUUAGCCACUGCUCCAGUUCAGCAAAAACUCUUUCACAGACGCACGCACAAGAAGACACCACACUUGUAGUCCUUGAAACACUCUAACCCUCACUCCUGGAGCAUCCUUCAUGGUACUCCACACACUAAUGCAUCGAAUACUAAUGAAUAAUAAUGUAAAUAUCCAUGACAUACCACAUGAGAAAUAUCUAACUUUAUUUUAUUUGUAAGAUAAAAAAAAAAAUGUAAGCCUAAACGAUAUGCAGCCCUGUGAACAAAUGCAUGACUACAUGUUUAUAAUUUAUGGUUUGAAUGUGUCCGUUUUAUAUUUUGUGAAAGUUUACACUUUUUUAAUCCUGAAAGUAUUACUUUUUGAGUUAUUUUGAUUUUGUUAAAUAAAUGUCAGCACUCGAGAAAGAAAAAAAAAGUCAUAAUGGAAUGAAAAUCUCACCAGGAUCGUGAUGCAUAAUUAGAGAUCUCAAUAAGUGAUAUAUAUAUUUUUUAACCCUCCUACCACUGACUUUCACACACACAUAAGACACGCGUGAGGUUUUUAUUAAGCCUAUCGAGUUUAUGAUAGAAUGGGAGACGUCUGUAUGUAUAUUUAGGUGCCAGUUUUAUUAGGGAGCUAAAAGUAGUGCGGUCUAAAACAACAGUGGUAUCGUCAGGAGUUGGACAUGUGCACUAGUUGGCUAUGGACUUGCAUAUUUAAGCAGAGUUGCAUACGAACACAAGCACAACUCCUAAAAACACAGCACGUAUUCCCCAUCUCUGUUCAAACAUGGUUCCUACAUUGCCCACAAUGCAACACAGAGAUUUGGGUUCCCAACUGACUCACAUGGCAUCACAUGAGCCAGCAUCUAUUUAGAGAUUAUACAACUUCAUUUCAGAUGUGUGGUAAUAUAGCACUCCCAAAGACCUUUAAAAUCGAUGUUGGUGUGUAAAAUAGUUGGAGUUCCCUCUUUAGUAAUGAACCAAAACGAGUCGUGUCGCUCUCGAGGCUGACGGGCUUCAUAAAAACCUCAACUGUACAUUUGACCCUUUAAUAUUACUGCAGAAGUAGCCGGAUAAGGAAUAGAGCACUUCUCUGUGGUGGUUACUAGUGAAAACAGUAAGUAUCCUUUGGGUUUGAAUAGAAAUGUUUUGUUUUUAUACGGCAUUGCACAUUGUACCUGUAACAUAGGAGUUAUAUCGAAAGCAAAAUAUUAUGAGCAACAAUAAAUAAUGUAUUGGUUAAAAAAAACAACAAAACAAAACGUGUGUUUGUUUAAAAAGACGGGCCAAUGGCGUAGCUGCAGUUUGUGCUGUUGCUGCGUCACAUAAGACAGCUGAAU